GAAAUGCAUAAGAGCAUCUUCAGGAUAGUUUUGUGCUAACAUCACAGUGAAUUAGAUGACGACAGGACAACCAAUAAUGAAAAUGUAACAUUUGAUAUUUUAUGUAACAAUUUCUUCAGACAGGACUGUCGGGGACCGAGAGUGUAGGAUGACAGUAAGUGGAUGGAUAAUAUGUAGUCUCUUGAGAAGAACCCACUGCAUACAUGUGAUGUAGGAACGUGAAAGUCCAGAGACUCAGGGGAGACGAGCACAAUGACGGACAGCAAUAAUGUGUGGGAGUCACCUGGUUGUGGGACUACGCUUGAGGACAAAAAUGACUCCACUGGAUUCUCCGAACAUGAGCUUCUCGACAUCAUGUACGACACGUGUAACGCCUCAGACUCAGGAGAAGUGUUGGCCUCCAACAUCGUGCAGUAUCUCAAGACCAUGACGGCUCAGAGCACAGGGCAGGACAAACUGGCCGCUCUGCAACAGCUGCUCGACCCAGAUGGUCAGGACCCACAUGUGAGCAGAGACGCUUUCCACUCCACCAUGAGAGAGUGGAUCGCCCAGUGCAGCCAGGACAGGUGGGAUUAA